AUGUCAUAUAGCAACGAUACCACAACGCCGACUACGGAGGAUCACAGCCUGAGCCGUCUGGCUGGUUCGUCCUCAAACCUAGAUACUCAGCGGAGCGAAUGCCAUAUGUCGCUACUCCAAGAGCCGGAGGCCCGCAAGGGAAGUGCUCAUUCUUCAAAGAUGCGUCUACACAAAGGCAACAUACCUUCGAUGCCCCAGUCAAAACUCUGUCCAAUGUGUCCUGCCAAGUUUACACGCACGACUCAUCUGAACCGUCAUUUGCGGACUCACUCCGAUGAACGGCUAUACCAAUGCGAUACUUGUCAUUCUCAAUUCACUCGGAGUGACCUCCUCACGAGGCAUAAGCGCACCUGCGGCGAUCCAGAGACAACGAUCCGCUCACGACGGAGGUCCUGUCAAGCCUGUGCGGAAUCGAAGGUCAAAUGUGAUCUGCAGCAGCCCUGUUCCAAAUGCAAGUCACGAAGUCGCGAAUGCAUAUAUGUAGCUGGAACGCGGAGAACAGAUUAUCCUCCGCGACAACACGAAGCCGUUCCUGCAAAGGAGGGAUCUCCUGCAACAUCUGCCUCCGAACCUUCGUCGUCGAAUUCUUGUUCGGGCCUACCUACACCGCGCUGUCAGUCAGACCAUGGGAGCCUGCGGACCGAUUUUUCGACACCUUCUCCAAUGGCGCAGGACUGGCCAGAACUCAGAAUACAUACAGCAGAACCACCCUCUAAUAUUGUCAACUUCUCAAUUGAUAAGAGUUCGACGUUUUCUAAGAUCGACGGGAUACCAAGUGGAACCCAGAGCCAUAUGAGCAAUUUGCUCUCUAAUGAAAUUUUCGACGGGUUACUUGGUGGCAUCUUCACUCCUAACCAGCAACAAUCCCCUGCACACGUCGAUUUUGUUGCAGAUGUCGUGGACGCGAAGGAGGCUUGCCGAUGGCCCCACUUUUUUGAUCAUGGAUCUGGUCCCAGCCUGCUUUCUGCUGAGCCGGAGGACUUCGAUUCAUCUUUGAAAUCGCUGUCUAUGCAGGAUCCGCUUUGUCCUCGAGAACCUUCUGGUGUUCCGGUAUCUGACACCACCGUGGGUGCGUGUGAUGGACCUUCAUCCACGGAACUUCAACACUACCUGAGUCUUUUUUUCACAGCCUUUCUCAAAAAAAUGCCUAUUGUACAUGCUGCGACUUUUCACGUCGAGGACAAACCUCCUAUUCUACUGGCUGCUAUGCGCGCGUGUGGUGCACUGUAUGUGCGAACGCGGGUUGCUAUUAAUUUCGUCGAUGCCACUCUUUCUUCCGUUAGAGAUGAGCUUGUGUCUGAGUUUACGAAAGAUCCAACCGAUUCGGAGUAUCAAACGCAUCUGGCUCUGGCCGUAGCUUUCUUGCAGACAAUCGGUCUAUUCCAUCAGCUAUCAGAACAGCGGGUCUAUUCCACUGUCUAUCACGGAAUGCUGAUCAUGCUGAUUCGUAUGAGUGGUUUUGUGCACAGGUGUGCACGGUGGGUACCUCCAGAUAUGGGCCAUCUGACGUCUAUUGACGUCCCUUGGCGGGAGUGGGUGAUGCAUGAAACUGCGAAGCGAGCGCUCCUCCUUUGCUAUGUACACGAUUGCGUCCACUGCCUCUACUACAGCCUGCACCCCACAUUCCCGUCCUUGGAGUUUGACCUAGGGCUGCCAUGCGAAGAUGCAUUGUGGACAGCACGCACGGCAGAUGAGUGGUUGUCGAUUCUCCGGAAGCCGUCUUUGUACGGGUCUACCACGGAUCGGCUCUGCGGUUUCUCCCUCCAAGCUGCUUUCAUGAAGUUAGCCGACAGUAGCCCAACGCUCUCUCCACCCCCAAUGCUGAAUCCGUUCGCCCACUGGAUCCUUAUUCACUCGAUAUUGCGAAAAUUAUUCGAAGAUUUUCUUGAACCGCUGCAAGAGGCUGGCGUAGCCGAUUGUACGUCACAUGGUUCACACGUUCCCCCCACUAGCGACCAGAAGGUCUUCGCCACUCAGUUGAUGUUACACCACUGGCUGCAGAGCUGGCUACACUCGCCCGAUACCCCAAAGAAUAGCGAAGUCGAGGACUCACCAUUCGUCUUCCAAGGCCUCCCAUUCUAUUGGAUGGGCCAGGUAGCGAUCCUAGCAUAUCAGGAGCGGCUGCCGCCGUUCGGACCCGGGACCACGUCUCUCAUCUCGGGGGAUGCGAAGUUCCUCCUGAUGAAGAAGUGGGAGCGUCAUAUCCGGAGGUUCUUGCGGAAGGGCGAGCAGGAGCCCACUCUACUCAUGUACGAGCUCAUGAACAUUCGCAUCAAUAGCUGGCAGGCGGAGACGGUCGGAGGGGACACAGGGCAAGAUGAGGCUGAGACGGUGCAUCUGCUGGGGUUCUUUCCCGAGACGUGA